AUGCCGUCUAAAGAACCGCAACUCCCUCCGGAGUUAGCCAAUCGAAUUGAGUCCUUAACCAUGCUUCAGAAGCAAUAUCAGGGAGGCUCCGCUUCGAUUUCGAAUGGUGGUAAUAAAACCGAUAACAUUUUAUCAUUAAUUCAAGAAUGGAAAGAGGUUGGGAACCAGUGUUUUAAGAAUGAACGCUAUUUUUCCGCAAUCCGCUGCUAUACCAAUGGCCUCCAACUAUCAGAGGCCGACGCGGAGCAGUGCGCAAUUUUUUUCUGCAAUCGAAGUGCGGCCUACUUGAAGUCCGUGAUGUGUGCAGGCCCCUCCAUGGCAAUGAAGGAUGCGGAGAAGGUGAUUGAAUUGCGGCCGAAUUGGUUUAAAGGGUAUCUUCGCCUCGCCGAUGCGCAUUAUCUGCGGCGAAACUAUGAGGAGGCGGAGAAGACGUACCGGCGAGUGCUGGAGCUUGAACCGGCCUGCGCGAUUGCCCGAGCCUCGCUUGGGUCGCUUCGUUAUCAAAUCGAAAGCCGAGGGAUGGAGAAACGAACGCAGCCGAAUCCGAUGUGGAGUUCAUACGAAAAAGGAAAGGGUACGUACAUGGGGAAGCCAAGUUCAAACACUGGGAGGGCGUUCUCGGAGUGUUUUCCUAAGAGUAGUAGCUUUCCCUUUAGUACCAAUAGCUCGACGCCGGCGCCAUCCAUGAAGUACGAGUCUUCCUUUUCAAUUCAUUCCAAUAAUACGACCGAGGGUGAUGCGCUUGCCUUAGCCUCCGAUAGCGACUGUACGGAAAAUCUCGUGCGGCUAUGGAAGAAAGACUUGAUUUUGCGCGAUGAUCGCACGGCAAUGAAGCCACGUGCCGUUUCCUUUAAAGAUGUCGACAGCAGCGCUGGGAGGAUGUAUAAGGAACAGUUGCUUUCGUCAUUCCGGAGUAAAAUGGCGGAGGAUACCAAAUAUUCAUCCGACAUCUAUGCGCGUAUAGAAAAUCAGCACCUCAAAGGUCAGAAUGUGAAUUAUCGAGAGGCGGAUAAAUAUCGAAAUAUUUACGAGCGCUCCACAAAUGGUAUUGGCCUUGCGAUAACAGCUGAUGCGUAUAAAGAAUUUAAUGGUCUUCGCGAAGGAUAUUAUUAG